UGCCGAAAUGAAAUCUCAUUGAAUUAGAAGUCAGCAUUGUCUGCCCUGGUUCUCUGCUCUUGUUCUUAGCUUUAUGCCUCAACUUCUACCCUUCCGGUCUCCGCCAUCACCCAUCUUCUAUAUCUACAUUAUUCAUGGCGCUCUCAGCUACAUUCUAUGCUCCGUCAUCGCCAAGCUUCAACCUUUCCACCAAAAUCCGUAGAUCCUGUUUCUCGCGUGCCAUCAAUUUCCAGAGGCCUCUUGAACUUAGGGCUUCAACUACUCUUGAUUACUCCAAUGUCUCUAUAAGUGACAAGCCAGCCCCGUUAAAGACUAAUACUUGGCAGUGGAAAUUCAAAGGCAAUGAUAUCAAUAUUUAUUAUGAAGAGCAUGCAAAGGAUGAUGCUGAGCCUUCCCAGAACAUCUUGAUCAUGCCUACCAUUUCUGAUGUAAGCACUGUUGAGGAAUGGAGAUCAGUGGCUGGAGAUAUUGUCCAACGUGAUGGCAAAGUCAAUUGGCGAGCAACUAUUGUUGAUUGGCCUGGUCUGGGAUAUUCCGAUAGGCCAAAAAUUGAUUAUAAUUCUGAUGUGUUAGAAAAUUUUCUGGCUGAAUUCAUCAAUGCACCCAAUAGUCCGAUUACGCGACCAGAAAAUGAUUUGGUAAUAUUCGGAGGAGGCCAUGCAGCAUCAAUAGUACUCCGCGCAGCCAAAAAGGGUUUGGUGAAGCCCAAAGCUGUAGCUGCUGUUGCUCCAACUUGGGCUGGGCCCCUUCCUAUUGUGUUUGGUCGAGAUUCCAGCAUGGAAACAAGGUACGGACUUUUAAGAGGCACCUUGAAAGCCCCUGCAGUCGGCUGGAUGAUGUAUAACAUGCUAGUGAGCAAUGAGAAGGCAAUUGAAUCACAGUACAAAUCCCAUGUUUAUGCAAACCCUGAUAAUGUGACUCCAGGAAUUGUUGAAAGCAGAUAUGCAUUGACAAAACAAAAAGGAGCACGGUACUUGCCUGCUGCUUUCUUGACCGGGGAGUUGGACCCUGUAACAUCUCGUGAAGAGUUCCUUGAACUCUUUGCAGCUCUGGAAGGAAAGACGCCAAUUCUGGUUGUAUCAACCAAAGGAUCUCCAAAGAGGUCAAAGGCAGAGAUGGAAGCUCUUAAAGGAGCCAGAGGAGUGAGCAAGUUUGUGGAGGUGCCAGGUGCUCUUCUUCCACAGGAGGAGUAUCCUGCUACUGUUGCAGAAGAGCUUUACCAGUUCUUGCAAGAGUACAUUGACUCCCAGUGCCAAGCUUGACAUUUUCCACUGCAGUUUUCCAGUAUCCAUCUAUGGAAGAAUGAAGUUUGUCCAAGAAUAAACAUGAGGGCAACUGUAUAAGCGUGAUUUCUUUUUGGACACGAUCCCUGUUGUGUAUAUUCUUGCUUUUUUAUAUUCCGGAGCUAUCUGGAUGGACUUAAGAAUAGGACGGCAAAGGAGCUCUAUUGUAACCGGAAAUCAGACCCAUAAGAGGUUAUUCUCUGUUGUAGCUUGUUAUAACCCUAUAGACUCGUACGUGGAAGUAAUAAUAGCUCCCCCCCCCCCCCC